UAACAUUAUAAGUAACCAUAGUAACAUUAUAAGUAACAUUACAAGUAACCAGAGUUGCCCUGAUAGCGAUGAUACUGAGCACGUCUAAGCAGCGUGUGUCAGUGAGCUGGAAAACAGAAACCCACCUCCUUCUCGUCCCGGAGACUUGGGACAAGUUGACUGAUCUCCUCACCUCCUCCUUCAAAUUAGAGGAGGAGUUUGACAUACUGACCACUAGUGGGGCUGUGGUUACUGGCAUAGACCUGAUCAGGGACGGAGAUGAGCUGAGAUUAAGGAGCUUAACUUCCAGCCCAUUUCAUGACAACAGUUGGAUAACUUUGAACGUCGGGGGACACAUCGUCCAAACCACAUGGCGUACUCUAACAAAAGAAAAGGAGACGAUGUUAGCACGUAUGUUUGAUAACGAUAGUAACUGGAAGAACAAGACGGACAGUAACGGAGCUUAUCUGAUAGACAGAUCUCCAAAACACUUCCUACCUCUCUUGGAUUAUUUGAGGAACGGAGAAAUAGUUCUGGACAAAGACAUUAAUCCUCAGGGUGUUCUAUUGGAGGCGAAGUUUUUUGGUUUUACUGAAUUAACUGGGAAGAUAGAAGAGUUAAUGCUGGCGAGUGAGAGGAAAGUUCUAGAACCACUUUGCAGAGAUGAUGUGAUCAGAGCUCUUAUUACCACUCCUUCCAAUUACAUAUUACGAUUCAGGGGAUUAGAUUUUUCCGGAGCAGAUCUGAGCAACAUGGAUCUGAGACAUGUUAACUUCUCCCACAGUAAACUGGUCGGGACUAAUCUCACUAAGAGUGAUGUGUAUGGGGCUAACUUUGACAAAGCCGACAUGAGGGGGGCAAGGCUUGAUGAAGCUAACGCAGCCGGAGUCAGCAUGGAGGGAGCUGUGUUAGACGACGCCAGCAUGGUACGUUGUAAUUUCGAGGACUCCAAACUCAGACCCUCGUCCCUUCUCGGAGCUCAGAUGAAAAGUGUCAAUCUGGAGAAUUCUAACCUAGCAGGGGUAAACAUGAGAGUGGUCAACUUGAGAGGGUCCUGCCUCAAGAACAGUUCGCUCAAGGGAGCUUGUCUUGCUGGUGCUGAUUUGGAGGGGUGCGAUCUAAAUGGAGCUGAGCUGUACAACACUAACCUGCGUGGAGCUAACUUGACUAACGUGAACUUUGAGGACAUCACCACAGCCCUGCACAUGACACACAUGACGUAACGUGCUGUACACAAUUACACAUGUGACCUGUACACAUGUGACCUGUACACAUGUGACCUGUACACAUGUGACCUGUACACAUGUGACCUGUACACAUGUGACCUGUACACAUGUGACCUGUACACAUGUGACCUGUACACAUGUGACCUGUACACAUGUGACCUGUACACAUGUGCCCUGUACACAUGUGACCUGUACACAUGUGACCUGUACACAUGUGACCUGUACACCUGUGACCUGUACACAUGUGACCUGUACACAUGUGACCUGUACACAUGUGACAUGUACACAUGUGACCUGUACACAUGUGACCUGUACACAUGUGACAUGUACACAUGUGACAUGUACACAUGUGACCUGUACAGUGUACACAUGUGACCUGUACACAUUGUAGUGUCGUGAGAACUAGAGGUAUCUAACCUUUGACUCCCGUGGACAAUUUCUAGUUAGAUUUACAGUAACGAACUCAAAUUUGCAGAAUUGGUUAAUUUGGUAUUGCUAAUUGUAAGUUCUGUUUAGACGUUUACUGAGCCAUUUUACGGUGUAAUUGUUUUAGUUUACGGGUUUUAGUAUGAAAAUAUUGAUUGUUAGCACAGUCAGACCUUUAAAACACUGCUGUUGGUCGGAAAAUGCGCGCACUACAUAACGUAUGCUUAUAAUGCAGUGUGCACCAAUUACCAGUUGUAGUGUUGGCAGUAAUAGGAAUGACCAAGGCCACUGUCCUUGAAGUUAAUAUUCAUUCCUAUUAUCGACCCUCGAGAUAACUUUAUCUCAAAUAAGCUGUAAUUAAAAUUGGCUCUUUAAGUCAAAAUUGAUUAUCUUUAGAUUACAAUGACAUCCAUAGAAUUAGAACAAGAAGAUGGCGCCUGUUGAAUUUCGAAUCAUAAAGUAUUUAAUUUAUGGAACCAGCACAACUGAAGCCGUUUUAAAAUGGAAAACCGCGUAAAAUUGAGGUCUGGUUGUGAUGGAUUAUUAUGUUAUAUUCAGAAAUUAUUGACGCAUAUCAACAAAACUUAAAACUAAUUAUAAUCUGUAAAUAUGAUAAAACGUGAAUAUUUUAUGAUGACAAUUGCUUGUUUUAAAAAUUUUGAUGCUGUAUGUUUUCACUUU